AUGGAUUUUUUAACAGUGGAAGAAAAAAUGGAAAUGAUUUUGAUUUAUGGAGAAGCAGGCAGGAAUCUUGAUGAUGCUGCUAAUAUCUACGCUCAGCGUUUUCCGGAUAAAAUUCGAUCACGUACUUCAUUUCACCGUACAGCCAAGCAGUUUACUACAAACUGGAGUGUUCAACCGAAAAAAAGAGUUCGUCGAGCAAUAGUCACAGGCGGAAAUAAUGAAAUUAACGUAUUAGCAGCAACGGCCGCUAAUCCUCAUGCAAGCACACGAGAAUUAUCUGGAGAUUUGGGAGUAUCCCAGAGAAGUUCGUACGCGAAACGCAGAGUAGGCAACCGGGACGUCGAGUGCGACGCGACGUCGAAGACUGACUUUCUGCGGGAGAGCGAAAGAAGGUUUAGAAACUGCGCGCCCCAGAUUUCGGUCUUUGUGGGCAAUUUGGGUCAACCGAAAUUUUCAUCAAAUUAUAUUCACUAUAGUUUCUAG